UUUCGGCAGCGGGCCCCUCCCCCUCUCCUCCAUAGAUGCUGCCUCGCAGCAGCUGGUUGACAGCAGCUUGUCCUGACGGAGCUGUGGGAUGCUGUAGAACCCAGUCUCUACAUUCGGCUGUUUUUUCACAUCAGCGUGAAGCGACGCGCUGCAGAAGACCUCAGCCUCCUCCCAGCAUGUGGCGGAGAGCUGGCUGACUGCUGCUGCUCGAGGUGACUGCUGCAGAGAUGCUGCGUGGAGACUGCUAGCCUAUGGAGCAACGACAAUAACCCUCAUGACACUAAUACCUGCAUGUUAACUCGAGGAAAUGUGUUGUCACAGUCAGGUAACAGUGAUGGUGGGGUCAAAGAUGUCUGUGCCGCUGGUCCUGGUGGUGGUCCUCUCGGUGCUGCUGGCAGGAGCAUCACAAGCUGGGCCUGAGAUGGACCCAUACAAGAUCUUAGGGGUGACCAGGAGUGCGAGCCAGGCAGAGAUCAAGAAGGUCUACAAGCGUCUGGCAAAAGAAUGGCAUCCUGACAAAAACAAGAGUCCAGGUGCUGAGGACAUGUUUAUCAAGAUCACCAAAUCCUAUGAGAUCUUGUCCAAUGAAGAGAAACGGGCCAAUUAUGACCGAUACGGGCAAACUGACGACACCCAACCAUACGGCAGCAGUCGUUACGGUCACCGCCAUGACAGCUUUUACUUUGACGAGUCCUUCUUCAAUUUUCCCUUCAACAGCAAGAACCACAGAGACUUUACUGACAGCAGGUACAUUUUACACUUCAACCAGUACGUCAGUGACGUGGUGCCUGACAGCUACAAGAGGCCGUACCUGAUCAAGAUCACCUCUGACUGGUGCUUCAGCUGCAUCCACAUCGAGCCUGUGUGGAAAGAGGUGGUGCAGGAGAUGGAGGGUCUAGGUGUCGGGAUCGGUGUGGUGGAUGUUGGCUAUGAGAGACGGUUGGCGAAUCAUCUUGGUGCUCAUCGCACCCCGUCGAUACUGGGAGUCAUUAAUGGGAAAGUCACGUUUUUCCAUUAUGCUGUAGCAAAGGAGCACCUGAGGCAGUUUGUUGAAGACCUCCUCCCUCAGAGACUUGUAGAUCGGGUCACAGACAAAAACGACCUGCAGUUCUUGAACAGCUGGCAUGAGCUCAACAAGCCACACGUGCUUCUGUUCGACCAAGUUCCUGUAGUUCCUCUGCUCUACAAACUCACAGCUUUUGCUUAUAAGGACUACUUACAGUUUGGCUACGUGGAUCAGGGCCUUUCAGAGACCGCCGAUCUGCAGAAACAGUUUAAUAUCAACACGUACGCUCCAACCAUGCUGGUCUUCAAAGAGAACAUUGACAAGCCUGCUGACAUUAUACAGGCUAAAGGACUGAAGAAGCAAAUUAUAGAUGAGUUCAUGUCAAACAACAAAUUUCUCCUCGCACCUCGGCUGGUCAAUCAGAAACUGUUUGAUGAGCUGUGUCCUGUCAAACAGUUCCACAGACGCAGGAAAUACUGUGUCCUGCUGAUCACAGGCGAUGAAGAGACCUUCUCUCUUGGGAACCAGGCGUUUCUGUCGUUCGCCACGUCCAAUGCAAAGGAAGUUAUUAGAUUUGCUUAUGUGUACCAACGGCUACAACAACCACUCUGUGACACCCUCGUGCAGAACAAGGACAGUACUCAGUCACAUCCACAGGUGUUGAUCCUGGAGAGGCGUAACACUGCAGGGAAGGCUUUGUAUAAGCCGGUCACUGCCUGGAAUGGCAGUGAGGAAGACAAGCAGCGUCUUUCAGAGGAGCUGGAGAGACUUCAGAAGGACCCGUCCAUCCUGGUCCAUGACGCCAUGCUGCCUGAGCUCAACAACGAGUUUGCCUCUAUGUUUGUUAUCAGAUGGGUCUAUGCUUCCUGUGAUUACCUCUCUGAAGUCAUUGAUGAUAUCCUUCAUAACAACUGGCGUGAGAUGAUGCCUCUUCUGUCUCUUAUCUUCUCGGCCUUGUUCAUCUUGUUCGGCACCGUGGUCAUCCAGGCCUUCAGUGACUCAAGUGAAGAAAAGCAGACUAAACCGAAAGCAAAGGAUGGAUCAAAAGCAGAAAACGGGUCAUCAGGGGCCAACAGUGCUUCAAGUCGACCUCCGAAGAAGAAUUUUGUGGAGGUGACGGAGCUGACGGAUAUCACUUACAUAAGCAACCUGGUGAAGCUGAGGCCAGGACACAUGAACAUCGUGCUGGUGCUCACUGAUGCUUCAAAGAACAUCCUGCUUAGCAAGUUCGCCAAAGAGGUGUACUCCUUCACCGGGAGCCUGACGCUGCAUUUUUCCUUCCUGAAUAUCGACAAGCACAGUGAGUGGAUGCACACACUCCUGGAGUACGCCCAGGACCCCAUACAGAUUGAUGCUGACGAGGAUGAUGGAGGAAACCACAAGAAAGACUACACCGGCUUUGUGCUGGCGCUUAACGGCUACAAAAAGUACCUGUGCCUGUUUAAGCCCGUCUAUACCGGGGAGGACCUUGACAAUAAGUCAUCAGAGGACGAGGGAGGGACCGCAGGGGGAAGGUUGAGACCAGGUCCCAGGGAUGACCAUCCACCACGCAAAUCCAACAGAUCGCGCAGCAUGUCCACCCUGCAGAUCCACCAUAAGCUGGACCGCCUGGGGUUAUGGAUGGAAAGGCUCAUGGAGGGCACUUUGCCACGCUACUACAUCCCUGCCUGGCCUGGACUGGAGAAGAUAACCCCCGGGAAAUAGAACCAGGAGAGUUCUACAGCACUUUACGUCACACUGAAACAGCUCCCCUCCUGUUCUCCUGAAGCUAGACUACUACUGCCUAUUUUUGCACUCAAGAUAUUGAUGGUAACAAAUAUCUUUUAGAGUCGGGUCAAUGUUACAAAUUUGAAUUCAAGCAACUACUGUAGGGCAGAUCUGUAAGCGUAUCCUGUUACACUCGCAUGCUGUUUUCAACCGUCAUAUUUAUUUAAGCAAAUGCUGCGGCUACAGCAAAAAGAGAAGCACUGUGUCUGCCUGUACUCUCCUGCAGCCUGAACGUCAGUCUGAUUCUCAUGCACUAAACAAAGCAGGACUACUAAUACCAUGUUUGCAUUUGAAAUAAACACAGAUACUUGUGCCCUACUGAAUACUGUGAAGAGAGAUGCAUGUCUCUAACAUUUAAUGUCCUUGCCUCUCCAUGUUUUACGGGACUGUGUGACUGCACAAAAAGAAAACUGUUUUUUAAUGGAUCAGUUCAGGAUGGGGUUUAAAGUAUACUCAAGCUAGAAGCGUUUAGCAACCUUUGUUUAUGACACAUCCUCAGUUGCCAGUAGCUUUAUGUAGCAAAUAUUCAACUCCGUUUCCAAAAAAUCGUUGGUAUGCUGUUGUGAAUGUUAGGACAUCAAACAGAAAAAAAACAUAUUAAAUUAGAAAUAUUACAUCAGUAACUUAUAAAGUGUUGAAGCUGAUGAACUUUCUUGUUUUGGAAAAUUAAAUGCUCAUGUUUCUGAAAAGUUCAGGGAGGGUAAUGCUAACCUCUGUGUUUCACUUCCUCUUCUUUUUACCCAGUGCUGUCUGAGGACCUGAACGUUAUGGCUGUUCAGUAUCGGUUUAAGAUCCAGUUCCCUGGGUACAGAGAGGGAUUUAAGCCUGAUUUAUACUUCUGCGUCUCCCCUGCAGCAGGGGCUGACGUGGACAUAAGCUCCACAUACUUGUGCGUCGAUGUGUACGUGUUACGCAGCAGUUCUCCUCCGAAACACUAGAGGGCAGUGUGGUCUCUCUGAUAGCCGGUCGCCUGUUUCCGGCCCCGUUACGAUCUCUGUUUCCUUUUCCACACAGAUUCAGAGCGUGUUCUGUUAAUCUACAGCUGAUACAUGUUGCUGUUUAUCAUACAGACAUGAUUACAUGAAGAAUAGAGAGGAGGAGAUGAAAUGAGUGUCUGAUGUGCGGGAUACCGGAAGUGUUGUAAAUGCAGGACAUACAAUACCAACCAAUCACAGGGCUUGCAGUCCGUUUUGAUUCUCAUGUAGUUAUAUUUUGGAGGAGGUGCAUGUCAGUCAUGUGUGUAGGCCUCUGUGUAAGUACGGGAGGUACGUGGACCACCGGCGUAGACUACGCCAUCGAU